AUGGAGGAGGAGGAGGAGGUGAAUGCCUACUUGCAAAGCUGUGGGGGCUUUGUGGCAUGUCAUGAUGCUGGAAGCAAAGGAAGAAUUCUCGUGGCUACUCGGGAUUAUCAGAGUGGAGAGGUCAUCUACUCCGAACCGCCCUUACAUAUCAUCGAGGAGGACGAGGACUCCGAAGUCUUUCAGCGCUUGGAAGAUUUUGCUGCAAGGCAUGCCUUGUACAGCGCUCGCUGGUACUGGUGCGCUUUGAACUCCAUGACGGCAUCGGAUCUGGAGCAGUUCGCCCAACUUCCUUGUUCCAUCAUAUCUGAAGGGCUCCAACGGCAGCUCCUAUGGCUUUGCGCCCCUGAUGAGAAUGCCUCGGAAGCUCUUCCAGUCUUUCAAGAGCUCCUGCAUGACUUGGGAAUGGCGGAUGUUCCUACAGAGGUCACACGAAAAUUUUGGCAACUCCUGCAGGUCUGGAAGUACAACAGCUUUGAAUACAGCGAUGAUCCUGUUGCCUCUGCCAUCUACUUGCAAGCAUCGUUCCACUCACAUGACUGUAAUCCCAAUGCCAACUGGGUCGCAGAUGAUGCUGGCCUCACCCUGCGUGCACGGCAUUUCAUCCCUGCAGGGCAGGAGGUGACCAUCAGCUACCUUUCAGAUGAGGAGCUCUUUGAAUCAACGUCCCAACGACGGAUGCGUUUGAAGAUCUCAAAGGACUUCCACUGCUGCUGCCAGCGCUGUGCCGAGCUAUGGGACCGCAGCCGUGGGGUGCGGUGCCAGUGCGGCCGCCUGCGCUUUCUGGACGUGGAAGGUUCUAUGCUGUCACCCUGCGAUGCUGGAUGCAAUUGGCCAUCAGUGGAUGAAGUGCUGAGGAGAGAAGAACUUCUGGUGCUGCUGUGCAGGCAGCAAGCAGACGCGGACCGCGCAACGCGCCUGGCGAGCGCUCAAACUUUUGCUGCGGCAGCAGAACAGCUGCUGCCAAGGCAUUGGGCCACAGAAUGUUUGUGGAAAUGGCUUGCUGAAGGUUGCGCCACCAAGUUGGAAGCCAAAGACUGCGAGGCGAAGCGGCUUCGCUUCCUGCAGGAUGCAUACGAGGGAGCUAAGCGAAACACCCACACAGCUUGGGUGAUGUCGAGUCUGGCCAUGUGGACGCUAAGUUCCUGCGGUGCCCUGCAGCACGCAACGCCUCCAGAUUGCAGUGCGCGGGUGCGCGACAGCGGAGCGCUGGAGCUUUUGAAGGAGGCAGCUGGGCUGCUGAAGGAUUUGAAUGGAGAAGAUGACAAGUAUUUUCGCCACGUGCAAAGGAACCUGGAGCGAGUAUCUCACCUAGACACCGCGUAG